GGGUCGAAAACCUAGCUAUAAAAUGGUGGCAGCUGAUUUAGUAGCCUCUCUUCGAAGGCUAGAGUCGUCGGAGGCCAAAGCAUCAACGAAAGGUUUCACAAAACCCUAGUCUCUAACUACUUCGUUUUGCCUAAGCCAUGUCGAGAAGGAAGGUUAGAGAGCCCAAGGAGGAGAAUACUAACCUAGGACCUGCUGUUCCAGAGGGCGAGCAUGUUUUUGGGGUGGCUCACAUCUUUGCUUCAUUUAAUGACACAUUCAUUCAUGUGACUGAUUUGUCUGGAAGGGAAACAAUGGUUCGCAUUACUGGUGGCAUGAAGGUGAAAGCUGAUAGGGAUGAGUCUUCCCCUUAUGCAGCCAUGCUUGCAGCCCAGGAUGUUUCUCAACGCUGCAAGGAGUUGGGUAUUACUGCCCUUCAUAUAAAGCUUAGAGCUACUGGAGGGAAUAAGACCAAGACACCAGGUCCUGGUGCACAGUCAGCACUUAGAGCCCUUGCUCGUUCUGGCAUGAAAAUUGGACGCAUAGAGGAUGUUACCCCCAUUCCCACUGACAGUACCCGUAGAAAGGGAGGCAGACGUGGAAGAAGGCUGUGAUUCUUCGCUUCGUAUCUGUUGCUCACUGUUGCUGCUCCUCCAAUAUGCUUGGAGUUUCUUUUUUAAACAAUUUUUGGUUUAGAUUGAAGAUUGUUUUGCCCUGUUAUGUUGUUGCACAUUAGUUCCAGAAUGGAUUUUGAUCGUAAUUUACAUGUGGAACUCUUGGAAGUUAAUCUUUUUAUUGAUUUUGAUUUAAUCUUUUUAUUGA